AUGAGAGCUAAGACGGGAAGAUUCGGGUGGAUGACUCUAAAAAUUGACUUGGCCAAAGCAUACGAUCGUAUCCAGUGGAUCUUCGUUCGUGAUACUCUGGUUGCUGCGAAAGUCCCCCAGGAAUUCAUCGAGCUAACAAUGAGCUGCAUCACUACCGCUAGCAUGCAGAUUCAAUGGAAUGGUGGGCUAACAGAGGAGUUUAGGCCAUCGAGGGGUCUACGCCAAGGCUGCCCUCUUUCCCCGUACAUCUUUAAGUUGUGCAUGGAGCGUAUUGGUAAACUGGUCGAGGCCACAGUAGCAAGAGAAGAUUGGAAGCCAAUCCUAUUAUCGCAGAGGGGACCACUGCUGUCACACUUGUUCUUUGCUGAUGAUCUAAUCUUUUUUGGUGUGUCCUCUAUGGAGCUGGUUCAAGUGAUCUCUCAAUGCCUUCGAGAGUUUGGAGCUGCCUCUGGUCAACAAGUUAGCCGGCCGAAAUCGCGAGUCUUCUUCUCCCAAAACGUUAUAGCGGCGGAUGUUGCGAGGUUAAGUGCAACUCUAGACAUACCAGAAACAAAGAACUUCGGUCGUUAUCUGGGGGUCCCCGUGAUCCAUGAUCCCGUUACCAAGGACACAUACACUGAACUCAUUGAUCGCAUCGAUGCUAGGCUUGCAUCGAAUUAA